CUCAAACUUAGGUUUAAUUAGAUUCACUUGGUAAAAAUGCGGAAACCCCGGUCUUAUGCUUCUUCAAUGAGACCAGGCCUCUGUUUUUUAUUAGCUUUCCGGUGAUUCUGACACACAGCAGAGUUUAAGAACCACCGUUCUAGAAGAUGGCUAAAAAUAGCCUAGGCUUAAGUGGUCGCUGGCCAAGUCAAGCACUGUGUUAAGACACCUGGCGGCAGGCUCAGUCCGCCCACAGCAGGAGAGAUCCUCCAGAAAGGUUAAGAGGAAGCGUCUUCAGGUCAGAAGCGCUGAAUUCUAAUCCUCUGGCCAGAUGACUGUGUAACCCUGGCCCAGUUCUCUAGCCUCGGUUUGUCCAUACUAUGGAGUCAGAAAUUAUACGAUUUCUUUUAUUCACGCACAACUCACACGGAUGCUGCAAGAAGGAGAUUAGCUAUAUUAAACCAAUGAAAAACUGCAGAAAAAAACCAGGAUGCCUGGUUUGCUUUUGUGUGAACCGACAGAGCUUUACAACAUCCUGAAUCAGGCCACAAAACUCUCCAGAUUAACCGAACCCAACUAUCUCUGUUUAUUUGAUGUACGUUCCAAAUGGGAGUAUGAUGAAAGCCAUGUGAUCACGGCCCUUCGAGUGAAGAAGAAAAAUAACGAGUAUCUUCUCCCGGAGUCUGUGGACCUGGAGUGUGUCAAGUACUGCGUGGUGUAUGAUAACAACACCAGCACCCUGGAGGUACUCUUAAAAGAUGACGAUGAUGAUUCAGACUCUGAUAGUGCUGGCAAAGAUGUGGUGCCUGGAGCAGCCAUUGAGUAUGGCAGGAUCCUGACCCGCCUUACCCGCCACCCUGUCUACAUCCUGAAAGGGGGCUAUGAGCGCUUCUCAGGCACAUACCACUUCCUCCGGACCCAGAAGAUCAUCUGGAUGCCUCAGGAACUGGAUGCAUUUCAGCCAUACCCCAUUGAAAUCAUGCCAGGGGAGGUCUUCCUCGGCAAUUUCAGUCAAGCCUGUGACCCCAAAAUUCAGAAAGACUUGAAAAUCAAAGCCCAUGUCAAUGUCUCCAUGGAUACAGGGCCCUUUUUUGCAGGCGAUCCUGACAGGCUUCUGCACAUCCGGAUAGAAGAUGCCCCAGAAGCCCAGAUUCUCCCCUUCUUACGCCACGUGUGUCACUUCAUUGAUGUUCACCGUCACCUUGGCUCUGUCAUUCUGAUCUUUUCCACCCAAGGUAUCAGCCGCAGCUGUGCCACCAUCAUAGCCUACCUCAUGCAUUAUAACGAGCAGACCUUGCAGAGGUCCUGGGCCUAUGUCAAGAAAUGCAAAAACAACAUGUGUCCAAAUCGGGGAUUGGUGAGUCAGCUGCUGGAAUGGGAGAAGACUAUCCUUGGAGAUUCCGUCACAAACAUCAUGGAUCCGCUCUACUGAUCUUCUCUGCGGCCCAGCGAAGGGUACUGAAGAGCCUCGCUGGGGGGCAUUUUGUGGGUGGAGGGUCACAGUGUGUAUACCCAGGCUUGUCUGGAAGGAGAAGGCCUUUACUGCCUGAAAGUCUCA